AGACGUGAUUCAUAACUGAUUCUAAAACAGAUCAGAAAACAGCACAGCUCUUCAGUCGCUGGUCAAGAUGAGAGGCAUGCUGUUCUUGUUUAGUGUUCUGUUCCUGCUGGAGCUCACAAAGGGACAGAAAUAUGAGGAUUUAAACGAACGUGAGAGAGGCAUUGUUGACGAGGCGAUAAAAAAAGCCAAUGAUGUUUACGGAAAAGACAAACACCUUGACUUUUACACCAUUAUCCAAAGAACGAAGAGUGUAAUGAAUGUGAUCCUCAGACCCACCUCAUGUGCCAAAAAAACACCAAGUGUCCAUCGGGAAGAAUGUAAAAUCCACAAUAAGGCACCCCAGGUCUCCUGUAUUCAUUGUAAUGGAAGCAUGAAACCAUGUUUACUUCUCAGACAAAAAGAAGAGAUAAAAAUAAGAUUGAAUGAAUGUCAGAAUCCCCCGUUAGUGAACGGUCACAUUCCUGGAGCUUCGCAUGUAUUGUACCAAAAAAGAGAAAAAAACCAGCAAGAAAUUGGUUGUUCUGGAUGCGUCUGAGACGUAAAAAGGAUCAAGAACAUUUGCAACUGCGUUGGCUAGACAUCUGCUUGAAUAUAUAUGUGUGUGUGUGUGUGUGUGUGUGUGUGUGUGUGUGUGUGAUAUAUAUAUAUAUAUAUAUAUAUAUAUAUAUAUAUAUAUAUAUAUAUAUAUAUAUAUAUAUAUAUAUAUAUAUAUAUAUAUAUAUAUAUAUAUAUAUGAAAAAACAUAACUCACAACUUAAGCAAUUUGAUUAACAAGCUGAAAUAAUAAUAAUUUGCUUUGUAGAGUAACUAGAGUUAUGCCAUCUUGGCACCUGUGCUAUAUAAACUGUUGUGAUCGUUUUGUUGUGAGGAUUAUGAGUGAUUGGUUUGGUUUGGUUUGAGGCAGUGAUUAAAGCAUAUCUGAAAGCA